ACCAUAGACUUUUCUUCCAGCGAACAUCGUGGUGGCCACUACGGGUUACUCCAUGGGAUGGACGUCGCCCGUGAGCCCCAUACUUGGCAACCUGACCCAGUCCCCUCUGCCUGAGAAGGUGACGGCAGACCAGACCGCGUGGAUCGGGUCUUUGCUCACAGUGGGAGCCAUAUUUGGUCCCUUCGUCGGAGGUUUCGCAGCGUCAAAGAUUGGCCGCAAAUGGGGUCUCCUAAGCUCCUCCAUCCCUCUCUUCGUGGGUUGGAUCCUCAUCGCGGCGGCCACCAAUGUCGGCCUCAUCUACGCCGGAAGAAUCUUCUGGGGUCUCGCUGUGGGAAUGAUCUUCACUAUUUCUCCUAUGUACUGCGCUGAGAUUGCUACGGACGAGUCUCGAGGAGCUCUCGGCUCUUUUCUCCAGGCCUUCAUCACAGUGGGUUUCCUGCUCGUCUACGGUAUCGGGCCCUUCAUAUCGUACUCGGCCAUCGCGUACGUGGGCGUGGCCUUCGUCGCGGUCUUCUGCAUAGCUUUCUUCUUCAUGCCUGAGACGCCUACGUACCAUCUGAUUAACAACAACAAAGAGGCAGCAGCGGAUUGCCUGUGCACCAUCCGCGGCAGGUCUCGCGCGGGCGUCCAGGCCGAACUGGACCUUAUGGCCGCCGACGUCGCUGCUAGUCAGGAGAAAACUGCCACGAUUGCUGACAUCUUCCGCGGCAGCAACUUCAAGGCGUUCUACAUUUCCUGCGCGCUGGUGUUCUUCCAACAGUUCUCGGGCAUUAACGCGGUGCUGUUCUACAUGACUGACAUCUUCACGGCGGCUGGGUCCACCCUAGAACCCGCCAUUGCUACCAUCAUCAUUGGAGCUGUGCAGCUAAUGGCAUCCUGCAUCACUCCCUUCGUAGUGGACAGACUGGGCAGGAGGAUUCUUCUGCUGAUCUCGAGCUGUGGAACCGCUAUUGGUCUAGGUCUCCUCGGCAUGUACUUCUUACUAGCUGCCCAGAAGAGUCCCAUAGCUGAGACGAUCAGCUUCUUGCCGAUCCUGGCUCUCGUGCUCUUCAUCCUGACCUACUGCUGGGGGCUGGGUCCCUUACCGUGGGCCGUCAUGAGCGAGCUGAUGCCUGUCGAAAUCAAGUCGGUCGCCGCGCCCCUCGCUACGGCUUUCUGUUGGGGGCUUUCCUUCUUGAUCACCAGGUACUUCAACGCAAUCGCGUUGGCUGUGGGCAUGUACACGGCGUUCUGGAUCUUCGGCAUCUGCUGUGUCGGGGCCUUCUUCUUCACUCUCUUCGUCGUGCCCGAGACCAAGGGCAAGAGCUUCACAGAAAUCCAGGAUAUCCUCGCUGGAAGAACAAGCAAAUCAGAGAAGGCUUAAACUAGAAAAGACAAAUUUGCGAAUGUUCAUCGUUACUACUUAAUAUUAUGCUAUUUUAUAUCGCUAGAGUUUAUAGUAUCGUUGUUUUAAAUGACACGUCAUUUAAUGAAGCGUGUGCCGUAUAAGUAUGUCCAAAGAGGUAUAAAUAUAAACUUAUUUUGUAAGGAAUAGGUAUUUAAAAAGAUAACUAUAAUUUAUUCAUACAAAAAACGGCAUAUUCUGAAAGGCAUCACAG